UUGAUCGUCGAUGUAGAAUUCGAUUCUUUUUAUUAAAAAUAAUUAAAUUAAAUGAAAUAGAAUUCCAGAUAUUAUGGAUAUCCAUUCGAUUAUGUGCAGUAAAUGCAUUUUUUAAAUCUAGAUCAUCAAUGUAAUUGCUCAUAGAGUUGCUCCAUAUAUGGAUGUAUAUGUCGUUGACUGUCAGUUUUGACAUUAUCGUGAAGUGUCAGAUUUAUUUAGAUAGAAAAAUAUACGUUUGCAAUUGUAUUAUUCGUUAAAUGUACACAACACUUAUCAAUAAUUUUGCGAUUUUAAGUGAAAGUCAAGUUAUUUUCUGUCUAUGUCAUUAUUCAAUAGAAUAAUAUGCAAUUUUCUUUUAGUGAAUAUAUAUUGCCGAACUUUCUGUUGAUGGUAAAAGUGAGAACAAUAUUCAUUAAUGUCAUCUAUAUUUCUUAAAGAUGGACCCCCAUCUGAAUUGUUUUUUCAAAGUGUGAAUGGAUGUAAUUUAAAACUUAUAGAUGAAAGUGCCAAAUCUAAACAUGUUAUGAACAUUUAAUAUAGUAAUACUGCUUGCUGGUUCUAUAUUAAUUUUAAUACUACAGUACAUUUAUUUUAUUACUUCUGUGAGAAAAGAUACAUUAACAGUUGUAGAAUCCGUUGGUAAUAAGCUCAUGUAAAUUUGUUCCUUGGGAUACAGUGGUAGAUGUAAUCAUUAAUGAAGUUAUAACAGGACAAAGGGUAUUAUAUUACCUUACAAUUAUAGUGAAAGAAUCUGUAGAUGGAAAGGAAUCAGUAAAACUAAUUCCUUUAUUCCAAGAGUUAAUACCUGAAAGAAAAUGCCUGGAAUAUAUGUACGAGAGACUAGCUGGAUUGAUUGGAUGCAACAAAGCGAAAAUCCAGUUUUAACUGUGCCUGGUUCAUAUUGGCUGUGUCAUAAACAUAAUAUAUAUAAAUUUAUAUUUAAAUAUCAUCGAACAAUUAGAACCAUAAAGCAUUUUACCUAUGGAAAAGAAUUAAUGAAAAUAAUUAGGAGAAUUAUAAAAAAUCCACCACGCCAAGGACAACAAUUUAGUACAAACAAUCUUUUAGUUACCUACAAUCAUACAUCUUGGACUAGACAUGAUAAAAUAUUUGCAAUGACAAAAUUUAAGGAACGAUCUGCUGCAGCAUGUUCUCAUGCAUUUGUUCUUACUAUAAAAGUAAUGUCUCUUUUAGAGAGCUCAGAACAGGCUAUCAAGUAUGCUGUAACAACUUGUUCUGAUAAACCGUUAGUUUGGAAUACUAAAGAAUUAGUACCCUCUUUUCAUAAUGAUUUUCCAGAACAUAGCAAACAAUGUAAUAUUAUACAAGAGAAAGUAUUCGAAUUAAAAAAUGUCAAGCAGAUAGAUGAUAAUUUCACAUUAAAUAAAAUGACAAAGAACUCGACAAAUAAGGAACUAGUUAAACAAAGGACACAUAAUAAAGACUUUAAUAAGCCUCAGCCAUCCAUAACACUUAGUGAAUUAUCUGAAAAUGUAGGCAUUAAUAAUAAACAAAAAUUAAAUACGUAUUUAAACGACAGUAAUGAAAAAUCUGAAAAGAGAAAUAAUUGUACUAUAAGUAAUAAACAUUCAACGGUAGCUAAUGUUGAGGAGGAUAGAUUAAUGUCCAAUCGAUUGCAAGAUUCGAAUAUCUUAAAAGAAGAAACUAUUGAAAAUAAAGAUUAUAGUAACAAAGUGGACGAAGACAUAAUUAAAAAUAUUAUCUCUGAAUCGGAUAAUAGUGAAGUUAAUUCUACUAAUGUAGAUUCUGCUAGUUUACCUUAUCAAUACUUGAUUGAAAGAGAAAUCGAAGAUGCGAAACUCAACACAAUUAAUCUCAAAAGUCCAAUACUUGGUUCUAAGAAACGUAAGAGACACGAAGUAGAUGAAAAGUCCUCUGUUGCUUCUGACGACUUACUCAUAGUUGUUCCAGAGACUGAUGAGCCAGUUUCUUCUACAAAAAGAAAACGAGGCUCCGAUAACGUAACAUCAAAAUCUUCUGAUAUUACGGAUUUAGUAAUGGAAGGAUUAAUGUUUACUAUUCGGCAAGCACAAGGUACUGUAGUUAUAGAACAAAAAACGAAAUCGGAGUUAGGUGAAGUGUUAGAAAAUUCUGAAAAAAUUGAGACGAGAAAACAAGAAAAAUGUCUACGAAAUUCUAGUUUGCUUGGAUUGGAAAAUUUAAUUACUAUGAUCGAAUCACCGAAGAAACCUGAAACUCAACAGAAUCCUCAAACUAUAACUAUGCAAGAGAACACUUCAAAAUACCAAAAUACAAAUAAGUAUACAUUUAAUAAUGUGAAUUAUUCCUUCAAAGAUAUUUGUUUUACUAAUGCACGCUUAAAUAGAAACUCUCAUAAAAUGAAUAAGAAUCAGUACACUGAAAUGUAUGAAACAAAUAUAAAAUUAACUGACAAUGAAGAUUUGCAGUAUGGCAAAGAGAAUAAAGAGAAAGAGGAAUGGGAAGAGGAAGAAGACAUUAUACCAGAAACAUUGCAAAAUCUCUCUCCUCAAACUUCAGUUCUUUCUUUUGAAAGAGUAAAUAAAUCUAUACAAGAUAUGACGGAUAAAGAUUUAUUAAUGGAUGACAUAGGUACUGAAAUAUCAGCCAAACUUGGGGUAGCAAUUGAACGAGAUUCACAUUUUGCUAAAAAACUUAAAUUACAACAUGAAGGUGUAAUUAAUAAUAUUAAAAAAACAAAUAUUCCAAUAAUAAUUUCAAAUGAAAUUAUUGCUACAGACCAAAUACCUCUUCCAUUACAAAAAAUACUGCACAAUAAGUCGUCAACAAAUCUUACUUCUAUAAAUAGUACAAAUGAAACAGAGAAGAGAAAUUUUAGUUACAACAUACAUGCAGAAAGGCUGAGUUUGUAUUAUAAUAUAUUGGAAGGUUCUGAAUCCUUGGAAAGUUCUCAAACUCUUACAUCAAGUGAAAUUGAGAGAAGCAAUAUAAAUGCACCACUUUUAACAUUAGAAGGCGAACAUACAAAUAUUGAUCUUACAAAAAACAAGCUGAAAGAAAGUAAGGAUAAACACUCUACUAGUAUUAAUAAAGUAGAACAGAUAUCAUCACGUGAAUUACAAGACGUUACACAGGAAUUUUAUCAAAAUAUUUUAUAUUUAGAAAAGAAAAAAAAUUUAAAUGAUCAACAUUUGACAAAAAAAUCUGUAAAUAUGAUUCAAGAUCCACAUACCCCUAAUGCUCAUAUAGAAAUGAUAAAAUUUUUUCAUGAUAUUACAAAAGGUGCCAAAGUUGUUAUAACAAGGAUGAGUACAAAAAACAUUCACAAUAUAAUAGCAAAAAAUUCUUAGUUACUUGUAAAAUGCAACGAACUUACAUCAAAUGCACUGAAAAUAAAAUUUUAAACAAUC